AUGAGACCUACUCUUGCUUUACUGCCUCUCUUUCUUUUCUUGAUCGUAGCAGUUGCAGAAUCAAGAAAAGAUCUAGGAGAAUAUUGGAAGCUAAUAAUGAAAGAUCAUGACAUGCCUGAAGAAAUUCAAGGACUCCUUAACACAAACACUAAAAAUAAUUUCAAGACUUUGAAGCAGUCAUUUGAUGAUAAGGAAACGAAGAACACUGUUAAAGAUUUCGAACCAAGACCUAAUAUUUCUGCAUAUGAAAACAAAGACAUUGAUGAUAAAGAAAAUAAGAAAGGAGUGGAAGAUUUCGAACCAAGACCUAAUAUUUCAGCAUAUGAAGACAAAGACAUUGAUGAUAAAGAAAAUAAAAAAGGAGUGGAAGAUUUCAAACCAAGACCUAAUAUUUCAGCAUAUGAAAAUAAAGACAUUGAUGAUAAAGAAAAUAAGAAAGGAGUGGAAGAUUUCAAACCAAGACCUAAUAUUUCAGCAUAUGAAAACAAAGACAUUGAUGAUAAAGAAAAUAAGAAAGGAGUGGAAGAUUUCAAACCAAGACCUAAUAUUUCAGCAUAUAAAAACAAAGACAUUGAUGAUAAAGAAAAUAAGAAAGGAGUGGAAGAUUUCCAACCAAGACCUAAUAUUUCAGCAUAUGAAAACAAAUACAUUGAUUCUGAAGAAAAUAAGAAAGGAGUAGAAGAUUUCGAACCUAGACCCAAUAUUUCAGCAUAUGCAAACAAAGACGCUGAUGUUGGGAAAAAGAAGAAAGGAGUAGAAGAAUUUGAACCUAGGCCUAAUGUUUCAGCAUAUGGAGACAAUGAAAUUGAUGUGGGAGAAAAGAAGAAAGAAGUAGAAGAAUUUGAACCUAGGCCUAAUGUUUCAGCAUAUGGAGACAAUGAAAUUGAUGUGGGAGAAAAGAAGAAAGAAGUAGAAGAAUUUGAACCUAGGCCUAAUGUUUCAGCAUAUGGAGACAAUGAAAUUGAUGUGGGAGAAAAGAAGAAAGAAGUAGAAGAAUUUGAACCUAGGCCUAAUGUUUCAGCAUAUGGAGACAAUGAAAUUGAUGUGGGAGAAAAGAAGAAAGAAGUAGAAGAAUUUGAACCUAGGCCUAAUGUUUCAGCAUAUGGAGACAAUGAAAUUGAUGCGGGAGAAAAGAAGAAAGGAGUAGAAGAUUUUAAACCAGGACCAAAUAUUUCUUCUUAUGAGAACAAUGAAAUAAACAAUAAAAAGGAGAAGAUCAUGGAAGAUUGUGAACCAAAACCAAAUAUUUCAGCUUAUGGAAACAAUGAAAUUGAUGCUGAAAUCUAA